CUACUUUCCAUUUCCUAUGAUGAGAAACAACACAUAAAAAUGUAAGAGUGAGGCAAUAAACAAAAUGACAUAUAGGAAGGGAAUUGGUUGUAAAGGAGGAAACUUUACGACACUUUGAGAGAAAUAAAUAAAAGGGUCGUUGUAGGUGUAAAGGAAAAACCGUCGUAGCUUUAAGGUCCUCAUCAAUGGCGGAGUAACAAAGCUGCAAAAUCAGACAACUGAGAGAGAAACACGUUUUUUUUGUUUGAACAUAUGAGGAGAUUGGUACAGAGGAAGAUGUGGUGGGGGGUGAACCGUAGGGCCAAGAGAAACUUACACCGUAACCACGAGAAUAUGGUGAUAUGUGAAUCGAAGAAAGACAUAGAGGAGAUACUGAGGGGGAGGUUAGAGACGAUAGAGGAGGAGCCGGAGGAAGAGGAGAGAGAGAGAGGAAGAGAGAUGCGUAGAAUAGUGACGAAGGCAAAGGCAGAGAAAGGGAAAGCCAUCGUGAAAGCGAAGAAGGUGAAGAGUGGGAAGGUUUUUUACAUGUUGUGUGUCGUCGGCUUAGCCUCCAAAGGCGGUUUCAGUGACCUUUUUCUCCAUUGAACACCUUCUUCUGAUGAUGAUGACCAUGAUGAUGAUGAUGAUGCUGAUGUGGAUGUAAAUAUAUUACAUGUGUGUGUGUAUCUGUCGGAAACAGCUUCAAGGCAUUUGGGUUUUGCGUCUA